UUUAUGGCUUCAUUAUGGCUUGAUUGUCGAAGAUUAUGUACUUGUUCUGUUAUUUCCCCAACCCAUAUAUUAUCUGCUGGGCAUUGUUUUGGAUUUAAAGGAAAAUAUAGUAUUAUGGCUGGAACUGUUAAUGCUAUAGAGAAUAAUACACAAUCAUUGUGGAUUAAUAUAAAAAAAGUAAAUAUAUUUUCUGAAGAUAUUUUUGGAAAGGAUCUGGCAAUUGCUGAGGUAAAAUUAAAAUAUAUUUAA